GGAGGGACAGGGGGAGGAGGAGGAGGGACGGGGGGAGGAGGAGGAGGGACAGGGCAUGGAGGGGUACCUCCAGCGUACCACCCAGGCCGAAGGACCAGCCAGCCAAAUAUGGCAGCUCUCUACGGGGAAGAGUCCAUCCGCUCCCGGGGCUCGCCCUCCUCCUUUAACUCCUCUUCAUCCUCUCCUCGUGAAGCGUCUGAUCUAGAACAGGCCCGCCCCCAGACCAGCGGGGAGGAGGAGCUACAGUUACAGCUGGCCCUGGCCAUGAGCAGAGAGGAGAGUGAGAAGUGUCUCCAUGGUAACUGUGUUGAUGAUGUCAGCAUGCCGCCUCUGCAGGACCAGCUUUGUCUCCAAGGAGAUGAGUCGUUGCUGCAGAGAGCCCUGGACGAGAGUAGGAGGGACAGUCACACAGGGACAGGGGAGUCUGCCAUGUUGGAUCUGGUGGAUAUCUUUGGCUCCGCUGAGGCACCGCCCCCAGCUGACGACCCCUGGAACGCCCAGCCUGCUGUGACCUCUGACUGGACUCUGUGGUCCCUAGGGCGACCCGGCCCUCCUCCAGCAGCCCAACCAAUCCCUGGGCUCUGUCACGUCUCCCACCCUGGAAAGCCCGCCACAUCAUCAUCCAGCCCUGUCAAUCGCGGCUGGCAGAGCCGUCCCACUCUUACAGCGGAAGGCCCAGACCCGUUUGGGGCGUGUUUCUGCCCCCAGGUGAGCGGGCGAGAGGGACCAGUCCGGAGAAUGUUUGACUGUCCCGUCUAG